UUUCGGUAUAAAAGCCGGGGGUGAAUCCAAAAUGCAUCAUUACAUUGCUUUUGUAUUACACGCAUUCAUCUUGCAACUGUUUUGUACUUGGAUCAUCAUGAAGUUUGUUAUUGUACUCGCCUGCCUGGUGAGCGCAGCCUACGCUGACGUCAGCAGCUUCCAGGCGUUUCAGCAGCAGCCGUUGUACCAACAGCAGCAGCAACAGCCGCAGUACACCACGGAACCUAUCCCUAUCAUACGGCAAGAACAAGUGCAGAACCCUGAUGGAUCUUAUAAGUGGAGCUACGAGACUGGCAACGGCAUAUCAGCUGAAGAACAGGGGUACGUGAAGAACCAAGGCAUCCCGGAACAAGAGGCUCAGGUUGCUCAGGGACAGUACCAGUACACAGCUCCUGAUGGACAGGUGAUUCAACUGCAGUACUUAGCCGACGAGAACGGCUUCCAGCCCCAAGGAGCUCACAUCCCCACUCCGCCGCCAGUCCCCAGAGAGAUCCAGAGCGCUCUAGAUUACCUCGCCACUUUACCCCCACAAAACCCCGAUAAUAGAGAAUAUGCCAGAAACUAGACAAGAUUUGUGUACCAAAUAGGAUUUUACCCAAUUGCAAAAUAGCCAUAGGUAGGUUACUUGGGCACUCUUGUGAUACCACAUCAUAAACGAAAAAUACAAAAAAAAAAGUUUUAAGAUAGUUAUAUUUUUGUACAUUUUACAUAAUAUAUUAUGGUUUUAUGUUAA